GCGCUUCAGAAACUCAUUUCCUUGUUUAUAACUCAAAGCAGCUCAGAGCAACAGCUUUUCCCUGAGCUGACAUGAGUCUCUGUGUCUGACGAUUAAUAAAACUUUAUCAGGAUCAUCAUCAGGGUCGGUUUCUCCUCUCUUCAGCUCACAUAGUGUGUCACCAUGUCAGCCACCAGCUGUCUGCUAACUGAGGAGCAGUUUCUCUGCUGCAUCUGUCUGGAUGUUUUCACUCUCCCGGUCACUAUCCCAUGUGGACACAACUUCUGCAAGAGCUGCAUCACACAGCACUGGAAUGUCAACAGGGUCCACUGCCAGUGUCCCAUGUGUAAAAAACAUUUUAAAACGCGACCCGAACUGACCGUCAACACCUUCAUAUCUGAGAUGGCCGCUGAGUUCAGACAGUCGGCGGGAAACAAAGGCAGCCGGGGCUCAGAGAUACAAGUGGCCAAACCAGGAGACGUGCCCUGUGACAUCUGCAGCGGAACAAAACUCAAGGCUCUGAAGUCGUGCUUGACGUGUUUCGCCUCGUACUGUGGUGUUCACGUGGAUCCUCAUCUGACGGCUGGACCGCUGAAGAGACACUCGCUGGUGGAUCCUAUAGCGAACAUAGAGGACAGGGUGUGUUCAAAGCACAAAAAACCACUGGAAUUGUUCUGUAAGACGGACCAGACGUGCAUGUGCUCCCUCUGCGCUGUUUCAGAGCACGUGGUGCACAACAUUGUGUCUCUGAAAGACGAAUAUGAAGCAAAGAGUGCUGAGCUGGAGCGGGCGGAGGCUGAAAUCCAGCACAUGAUCCAAGAGAGACGGCUGAAGAUCCAGCAGAUUGAGCGCUUAAAAACGCACAGUAAGGAAGACGCAGAGCGAGAGAUAGCGGACGGCGUUCAGAUCUUCACCGCUCUGAUGCAGACUGCCGAGAGACGUCUGAACGAGCUCAUCGAAGGGAUCGAGGAGCGGCAGAAGUCAACAGAGGAACAGGCCGACCGCCUCAUCACUGAACUGGAACAAGAAAUCUCUGUACUGACGACGAGAACCGCUGAGGUCCAGCAGCUGUCACGCACUCAAGACCAUCUCCUCCUCCUGCAGAGCUUCACAUCCAUGAACGCUGCUCCCUGCACCAAGAACUGGACCGAGGUCAGAGUCCGCCUGCCGUCGUACGAGGGGACAGUGGUGAAAGCUGUGGAUGAGCUGGAGGAGAUGCUCAGCAGGGGAAAGCAGAAGCUGCUUCACGGCGCCAGGCUGAAUAGGGUCCAGCAUUACGCAGCGGAUGUGACUCUCGAACCUCAUACGGCGAAUCCCUGGCUCAUCCUGUCUGACGAUGGGAAACAAGUGAGUUGUGGCGAGGUGAGGAGGGACCUGCCCGACAACCAGGAGAGGUUUUCUCUUUAUGCUAAUGUCUUGGCACGGCAGAGUUUCUCCUCCGGAAGAUUCUACUACGAGGUUCAGGUUGCAGGGAAGACGGACUGGACUCUGGGAGUGACCAAAAGGUCGGUCAACAGAAAGGGAAUAAUCCCACUGAGUCCUGUGAACGGCUACUGGGCUGUGGGUCUGAGGAACAGAAACCAGUACCUUACUCUAACCUGCCCCGUUGUCGGCCUCAGUCUGACGGCAGGACCUCAGAGGGUGGGGGUGUUUGUGAGUUACGAGGAGGGUCUGGUCUCCUUUUACGACGUGGAUGCUGCAGUUCAUCUCUACUCCUUCACCGGCUGCUGCUUCACGGGGGAACUCAGCCCUUUCUUCAGCCCCGGUCUUCAUCACGGCGGCCUGAACGCUGCCCCUCUGAUCAUUUCCCCGGUCAGCCUCGCCGAUCAGAUCUGAUUCUGUUAUAUGAGACUCUCACACCGGUGGUACAUCACAGGAGGAAACAUGGGGUUCAGUCAACAACUCCUCCAACCUUAACAACCGUAUGGGUCAUUUUUGAUUGGACCUUGGUUGUCACGGUUACUGUACAGAGAGCAGCGUACCGACCGUCGCCGUGGUUACAAUAAUAACGGUCAAAGCUUGGUUAGGUUUAGGAAAACAUGGUGAUUCAGGUUAAAAUACGUACUUCCUCAACAUCAGACAAUCUUUGUUGUCAUGGUUACAAAUAUAACAACGUACGGUCAUGGAUAAUAGGAACAAUAUAAACUGCUGGUUUCGCGUGGGAAUCGAACACCGCUCUCCUGUGUCAUGUUAGUCCAUACACCACUCUCUUUAUACUGCGUCACCGACACUUGUCCCUUCGCUCCUGUCAUAAUACUACAUACUACAACCACUAGUCGUAGUAAUUAUGUAAUUAUUAUGUAAUUAGGCGACGUUGUCGCCAAGCAACGAAACGUAGCUAUAAAAAAAAACUAGAAUUACAGCCUUUGUGCCUUCGCCAUUCAGAAUAGUUUCAGGUUACAUCCCAGUUUAUCCAGAGUCAUAUAUAAUAUUCAACAUUUGUGUGAAAUUUUGUCAUAAUGGCUGUAUAUAUGUAAUAUAUAUAUGUAUAUAAUAUAUAUAUAUAUAUAUGUAUAUAAUAUAUAGAUGUUACCUGAUGCAUAAAAGCAAACUGGCCGAGCAAACGCAGCUACCUCUGCUGCACAGCUUCAACACUGCACCGACAGUGACUACGUUGUGUUUGGUUAUUUAACAUCGAUCCUGGAACAGUCUCUCCUGAGUUUCCAAAAAUACAGACUGGUUAGUUCAGUGGAAGGAUUGUGCCAAUUAUAAUUAUUAUGUGUGAUUCACGUUUGACUACACCCAUUAAUGAUGUUGGCCGUCUUUCAUUUUGUUAUAUACUUUCUGUUCCACUUAAAUCAAUUGAAUUAAUUUAUUAUUGUUAUAUUUGCCCCCCAGCAUCAGUGUAUCCUGACUUCUGUACCUUGACUCCUUCUGUCCAGUUAAGUGACUGUGUUUGAAACUGCACUGUCAAAAUGUAUUUGUAUGUUCCAGCAAACUCAGCAUUGUGUUUACACACCUGUGUUUUGUUACACCUGAAGGUUCACUGGUCACAGAUUCCUACAAUAUCCAAGAGGGUCAACUACAGUAUGAUAGAGGCCAAGCAGAGCCCCCCCCCCCCCAAAUAAAUUAAAUCAUGACAUCAUUACGAUCAUUCAUUAGUGCGACCAAAACAACGAACAAACAACAUUUUAUGAAUGAACGUUUGAAUUUUCUUUCCAUGUCUCAGAUUUCCACUUUUUCACUGAUCGUUACAGUAGAUCCGUUUUUAUUUUUUAUUUUAUUUUCACCAUCACUGUUGUAUUACACUGUUAAAGCUUUUUAUUUAUAAAUCUUUUAUUUUACUCAUGGUUUGGUGGCACAUAUGUUUUUCUUGAAUUAUAGCAGGCUAUAUACUUUGUGAUACUGCAGUGUACUGUAGAUGUAUAGUGCAUCAUUGUGCAUAUUUAUUUAGAUGACAUUUUAUAGUAAACCAUUUGUUUUGUUAUGUUCUGAAUAAUUAUACUUUCAUUCAGCAUCUUGAUUUGAAGACACUGUGAUUUAAUACAGUCAUGUCAAUAAAGCAAGAGUUUGACCUCAUUCAGCCUCCCAGACUCUGAGGAGAGUGGGUGUUUGGGUUAUGAGUAUAUCAUACUAUAUAUAUCAUAUACUGUAUAUAUCAUAGAAAUAUAUCAUUAAAACACCAUAUGUUUUUACCUACACUGUUAAAAAAAAAACGGUCAAAUGACUGGAAGCAGCAGCUGCCAAACAAAAACCGUGAGAAUUAAAGUAAAAUAUCCUAAUUCAAAUAAAGUGUAAAAACAAUAAAAGUUCCCUUAAUAUUUCUGCAGAGAAAAACUGUUAUUUUACAGGUCUUUUUCUUAUUUAUUAUGAUCAAACACCAUCAAUAAA